CCUCCAAGAAAUAAACAUAAAAGGAAGUCAAUACUCAUCUCCCUUCCUAUAUCUAAUUCAAAGAAAAUAUAUCCAAAUUGCAAACAUAAAGACAGAGAGUUCUUAUUAUAUCAGUUAUGGGGAACUGCUUUGGAACCCAACAAGUUGAUCACCAUAGCCAGUCCACCAUAAAGUCAUCAACCCCAAAAUCCACGAAGAAACUAAAAGACAGCAACCAAAAUGGAUCACUGCCGGUGCCGGCACCGACAACAAACAAAGAGAGCUGUGCCACUGAAGGAAGAAACAAGGAGGGUGGAAAGGUGGCCGUGCCCGAAAGCGGAAAGAUUCUGAUGAGCACCACCUUGAAAAUAUUCACUUUGGCAGAACUCAAGGCUGCCACCAGAAAUUUCAAGCCGGCGACGGUGCUAGGUGAGGGCGGUUUCGGUAGAGUUUUCAAAGGUUGGGUCGAUGAGAAAACCUAUGCUCCUUCAAAAGUUGGCGUUGGCAUGGCGGUCGCCGUCAAGAAAUCAAAUCCCGAUAGCUCCCAAGGCUUGCGAGAAUGGCAGGCAGAGGUGAAAUUUCUGGGCAAGUUCAGCCAUCCAAACUUAGUAAAGUUGUUGGGAUACUGUUGGGAGGAGAACCAGUUCCUCCUUGUCUACGAAUACAUGCAAAAGGGCAGCCUGGAAAACCACCUCUUCAGAUCAGGAGGAGCAGAGCCUCUUACAUGGGGAAUGCGGCUUAAAAUAGCCAUGGGGGUUGCCCAAGGCUUAACCUUUUUGCACACUUCAGAGAAGAGUGUUAUCUACAGGGACUUCAAAGCCUCCAAUAUUUUACUGGAUGGGGACUACAACGCCAAACUUUCGGAUUUUGGCUUGGCAAAGCUUGGCCCUAUAGAUGGCAAUUCACAUGUCACUACACGAGUUAUGGGCACUUACGGUUAUGCUGCUCCUGAGUAUGUUGCCACGGGUCAUUUGUAUGUUAAAAGUGAUGUGUAUGGUUUCGGGGUUGUGCUGUUGGAGAUGUUAACGGGCCAAAGAGCCUUGGAUACAAAUCGACCCAAUGGAGAGCACAAUUUGGUAGAAUGGGCUAAACAUUCAUUGACGGAAAAGAGAAAACUGAAGAAAAUAAUGGACCCAAAACUAGAAGAAAAGUACCCUAUCAAAGCUGCAUUGCAAGCCGGUGAGCUUAUUUUAAAGUGUCUGGAAUCUAAUCCUAGAAGUCGUCCAUCCAUGGAAGAGGUGUUGGAGACACUACAAAAGAUCAAUGCCAUCAAGGGGAAUUCAAAAGAGAGUAGUAAAGGUAGCAAAUCGAAGUCGAAGGCUAACGAUAAUCGGUCUCCAAUGCAUUCUAAAUAUGGUCGGAAUACAAAUAAUCAACAGUUCUCCAUGACUAGGUCGCAUCGGUAGUUAUUUGGUUCCGGCGAUGUGCAUGUGAAUUGUGAUAAUUGUUGCUGCCGUCCUUUAUGCGAUCAUGUUAAUUUCAUGAAAUUCGAUUCAUGUAUUAGGCAUACACACACAGACACAUAUAUUUAGCUCCUUUGUUUUUUAGUACUCGUGUAUAGGCACAUAUUCAAUUCCAUUACAGGCGUACUUGAGGGCUAGUUUUAUGUCAAAAUCAAGAGCAUGUGUUAUUGUUAACCACAAUGGAAAUUUUCUUG